AUGGAGCCUAAUGAGCAAACAAUAGGAACCAUUUGGUGCAAUCCAACUGAUGCUUCAAAUAUCAAAAACCGAAUAGUCUCAGAAAUCAAAGAAAACAUAUGGAGUGAUUCAAUUCCAAAAAUCUGCCCAUCCACAACAAAUAAUGGAAUUGAAAUGUUUAAUAUUUCGCUUGUGCACGGUGGAGAUAUCAUUGAUGACAGUCUUCUUGCAUUAAUAUUAAUUAAGAUAUCUGGAUAUUUUGAAAACUGCUAUACUAUAGUUCAAACAACAGAAGGAGACUUGUUUUUAAUUGAAACACUAUCUAAGCAUGAUGAAGAUUUAGACCUAGAUGAAGAUAUCGUUUCUAUCGCAAAAGGUUCAAUGUUAUAUUAUGUUUCCGAACAAUAUUCCAAGUCAAAUGAGUGCCCUAAGCAUGCAACUCCAUUCCAAGAAAAAAUUCAAGAAACAUUUAAUAAUUUUAUAGAAAACACAAAGAAAGAAGAACUCUUUCAUAAUAUGAAGGUUUUGAUUCCAAGUAGAUUAGCCAGAAUGAUAAGAUAUGAGCCUCAAUUAAUAUCUGAAGUUGUAAAAUUUGCCGAAUAUAGCAAAAAGGUUAAUUUUAAAGACUAUAAGUUAUCCGAAUCAGUAAUAAAAAUGAGAAAAUAUCACGCCGUGGUCCUUGAUUCUCGUCCGAUUAAAGUUCCACAAGAAUUUUCAAGUCUUUGCAAAGAAAAGAGUUCAAGAUUUAUUAGAAUAUCAUAUUUAUUGAUAUGCUCAUAUAUGAAAAUGGCAGAAAAAUAUAAAGAAAUUGACGAAAUUUCAAACAAAUCAGAUUUUGAUUAUUUGGAUUCAAAAGAAAUAACAGAAGAUGAUGAUAAAUGGCUUGAUAGCAAUGAAAAACCUGAAGGAGAUUAUGAAGAAAUAGGAGAUGAAAUGGCUGAACGCUUCAAAACUUUUGUUUCAGAAUUUUCUCAGUUUGAUAAGAUAGAAAAUGAUGGCUCAAUAGGUUUUGAUGCAGAAGAGUUUGCAUAUAAGCUUGAACACUUUUUAGAUAGCACUGAUUAUGAAGAAGAGGAAGAAAUCGAUGAAGAAGACUUUGAAAACAUGCUUAACGACGAUGAUGAUAAAAUAUUAGUUGGUUUAUCCAAAAAUAAAGAGGACCAAGUUAAGUUUGCAACAGAUAAUUGGAAUGAGAGUCUUAAUUCUCAACCAACCUCAAAUGGACCAACAACGCAAUAUAUGAAUUUGUUUGAUUUGUCAUAA